ACUUCAUGAAACAACAUGGCUGCACUGGACACGAAAACCAGGAACAACUUUUGUUCCCCUUCGCUCCUGAACAAUGGAGCACACUACAAGUGAAGCCCCUCAGAAAACAUUUACUUGCCAGUUGUGUGGUUUAAGUAGCCCUUUUACUUACUACGGCCAGAAACCACCAAACACCAGAGCCAUUGUGUUGCUUGAGGAGUGUUUUGUGACCAGGGAUCCCUUCAGUCCUGACAGGGAGAAGUUUCUAGUUUUGGGCUCCAGCUGCAGCCUGUGCAGCGUGUGUGUCUGUGCUGGAUCGGCCCAGUGCACAAGUGUUGGCAUGCUUCCUCCUGGGGGGACAAAUGACAGCAGUCCUGAUAAAGAGUGUGACUGCAGUCUUUUCUACACCAAGAGGUUCUGCAUGCAGUGUGUGAACAAGCACCUGGACCAGUUCCCCCAACAGAUUCAAGCUGAGCUGGCCAAGAAGAAGCAGAGCUCCAAGUCUGCCGUCUCCUGACGUCGGUCAAGAGGUCCAUAACCUGCUCACCGAUAGAAGAGAGAAAUGUCUGAAUGUGACCAGGUGCUUUGCCAGAACUCUUUUUUUUUUUUUAUCGAACCCAUACUGGACCACCACAGCAAAAACCCCAACAUCCUGUAAUUUAAUAGCAUAGCUCUGGGUUAUUAUUAUUUGGGUAGGAAAUUAACACCGCACAUCAGAAAUAGGCUAGUUUAUGUUUAAGCUGCCGUAUUAGCCUACAGGGUGUUGUUUGCUUAUUGUUUAUUUGUUUCUACAGAGGUUUAUAGAAGCGAGCAACGGGUGUGACUAGUGUUGCCGGACUCCUGUGGGAUUGUGGUUGCAGGCUCAGAAUCAGACCCGCUGGUUUGUAGCAAUUAAAAAUGGCUCAUAAUUUAAAAUCUGAUGUCGUGCACUGUAUGUGUUUUUCUUUCUUUCUUUCUUUUUUUUAAACAAAACAACAACAGCGUAUAUAAUGUUAUGAACAGUAUUAAAAUGAUUGCUAAUGUCUGCUUGUUCAGCCCAAUUCAGCAACCCGGUGCUUUUACACACCGUUCAACACAUUGUAUUAUAUUUUUAUAACUGACUCAAAAAAAGAUGUACAAGUAAUAGCAUUUUUCAAGAUCGGUUGCUAGGUAGAUUAAAACUGCCCUUGCAAUGUAAAGACAAUUAAUAGGUUAAACAAUUUCUCUUUGUAGUUGAUGGAUUAUGCCUGUUGUGCCAUAUUUGAAUGCCUCCUUUUAUGAGAAAACACAUUUUUAUUACUUUUCAGCAACACAUGGUAACAAUAACAUUUAUAUGACUAAUUCCUUAACUAUAGACACAUGUUUGUGUUGACAUUGACACCUCCUAUUAAAGAGUGCAUCACUGUUUUCCUUUUCCUCUGUGCAUCCACGGUGAGCGGAUACAUGGUUGACUUCUGUGGAGUCAAAAAACAUGUUUUUCUGUACUAUCUUAAACUAUAAAGAGACACAUACCGUGA